CUCCCAAAGACAUUAAAGACUCUCAACUGGUUUGAAGACUUCAACGAAGAAAUAAUUCGAAUCCCCCAUGAAGCCAACCCGGCAAAUGGGCUUCCAUAUAUCAGGAGUGUAGCCAAUGCUGCCAGCUCCAAGCUAGCUCAUGAGAGCAUCUCACUCGAGCAUGUUAGUGGAUGUUACUCUAUAGACGCGGUGCCAUUCUUCAAGGCCGUUCACACUCUUUGGACUUGGCCCAAUCUCGCCACGCUCUCACUUACGUGCAGUCCUUUCGCCACGCCCGAGAGGCAUGAUGAAAUAGUAGUUCUUCUAACAAGGAUUGGACGGGUUGCACACAGAAUGCCCUAA